GGGAUUCUGCGGUCCUCGACGCCGGUUUGUCCAGGCUCAGGGUUUUUUCGCGGCGGCUCCCAAACUCUGUUUCCGAGGCCUGGGCCUGGCUGAGGGCUGAGUGCGCCCGGCCCUGCCCCUCCAGGUGAAGCUAGAAACUGAUGACGGAAUGUCCCCUGAGCCUUGAACCUGAGGAACCACAUCUGAGAACACCCUGCCUAUGUCUGCAGAGUCAGCUUGGAUUCCGCAUGUUAUUCAGGGAUGGAGAGUCUUCGGCAGGAUUAACUGUGUUACCACCAGCUGAUGAGAUGGCAUCUUUGCAAAGGAAGGGGCUGCCAGCAAGGAUCCUCAGCUCCGAAGAAGAGGAGAAACUGAAAAGGGACCAAACUUUAGUGUCUGAUUUUAAACAACAAAAACUGGAAAAAGAGGCUCAGAAGAACUGGGAUCUUUUUUACAAAAGAAAUAGUACUAAUUUCUUCAAAGACAGACACUGGACCACCAGAGAGUUUGAGGAGCUCAGAUCAUGUAGGGAGUUUGAAGAUCAAAAAUUGACUAUACUUGAAGCUGGCUGUGGGGUUGGGAACUGUCUAUUCCCACUUUUAGAAGAAGAUCUGAAUAUCUUUGCUUAUGCCUGUGAUUUUUCUCCAAGAGCAGUUGAAUAUGUCCAGCAAAAUCCUUUAUAUGACACAGAAAGAUGCAAGGUAUUCCAGUGCGAUCUAACUAAAGAUGACCUUAUGGAACAUGUGCCCCCCGAGUCUGUGGAUGUUGUCCUGUUGAUAUUUGUGCUCUCUGCUGUUCACCCUGAUAAGAUGCACCUUGUCUUACAAAACAUUUACAAGGUAUUGAAACCAGGCAAAAAUGUCCUGUUUCGUGACUAUGGACUAUAUGAUCACGCCAUGCUUAGGUUUAAAGCUGGAAGCAAACUUGGAGAAAACUUUUAUGUUAGACAAGAUGGAACCAGAUCGUAUUUUUUUACUGACGAGUUCCUGGCUCAGCUCUUUACGGACUCGGGUUAUGAAGAAGUGGUGAAUGAGUAUGUGUUUCGUGAGACGGUGAACAAAAAAGAAGGUCUGUGUGUGCCAAGAGUUUUCCUUCAGAGCAAAUUCCGAAAGUCUCCAAAGAGCCCAACUCCUGUGACCCUGGGCCCGGGGCACAGGUCCUGACCUUUCUUUCACAAGGUUGACUUUUAUGCCUCCCCUUGAAGAGGAAUGUUUAAUGUCAUUCUUUUUAUUUUCUAUAUUUUUAUAUCUUAACUUCUUCAAUGAGUACAUAUAACUUUUGUAUUAAAAAGUAGCGCGUAAAAAAACACAAAAAAAGAGCGUGUAUGUGUGUGUGUGUGUGUGUGUGUGUGUGUGUG